AGCAGCGGACGUGAGGGAGGAAUGGCCCGGGGAACACAGGUCAGCAUGUGAGGGCAGAACAGCGAGGAGCAGGGACAGGUCGGGUGAGACCGACCAGCACUGGCGCCGGGCAAUGCAAGGGACAUUGCUGUGAAGUCCUAAGUUGCUCUCCUUGUUAAAUCAGCCUUGCCUCCCGUUGCUGAGAGACUGUGUAUGAGUGAAAACCCAGAAGAUACUUGGCAACUGAGCUACUAAGAAUGGACUCACAAGAAUCAGUGACGUUUGAGGAUGUAGCUGUAGACUUUACUCAGGAAGAGUGGACCCUGCUGGACAGGUCCCAGAGAAAACUCUUCAGAGAUGUGAUGCUGGAGAACAUCAGUCACCUCGUCUCAAUUGGCAGACAGCUCUACAAAUCUGAUACGAUUUCCCACUUGGAACCAGGAGAGCACCUUUCAAAAGAAGGGCUAGGUUUGCUGCAAUGCCAGAGUCUGGAUAGGGAAGAUGAUCUUAAAAAACAAGAAAUGAUAUUCAUGCAACAUGUCUGCAAGAAGGACACAGCAUUAGUCAGUGCAACGAGAUCUCACACUCAAGAGGAUCCUUUUGAAUGCAAUGAUUUUGGAGAAAAUUUAACUGAAAUACUAACAUGGACUCAAUAUGUGGUACCUAAAAUGGGAAAGAAUCCCUGUAUCAGCAAAGAAUGUGGAAAAGACAGCAGUCAUUUCCCAUCAUUUAAUACACAUAAGCAGAGUCACACUACAAGUAAAUCACAUGAAUGUCAUCAGCGUGGGAACACCUUUAUUCAAAGCUCUGCCCAUAGACAAACCAAUACUACUCAGAAUGGAGAGAAAACAUUUGAAUGUCAUGAAUGUGGGAAAGCCUUUGGAAAAAGUUCUAACCUGAGGCGACAUGAGAUGAUUCACACUGGAGUGAAACCACAUGGAUGUCAUCUGUGUGGGAAGGCCUUCACUCAUUGUUCUGACCUUAGAAAACAUGAGAGAAUUCACACUGGAGAGAAAUCAUAUGGAUGUCAUCUAUGUGGGAAAGCCUUCAGUAAGAGUUAUAACCUUCGGCGACACGAGAUGAUUCACACAAGGAAAAAACCCCAUGAAUGCCAUCUAUGUGGGAAAGCCUUCACUCACUGUUCUGACCUUAACAAACAUGAAAGAACUCACUUUGGAGAGAAACCAUAUGGGUGCCAUCUAUGCGGGAAGACAUUCAGUAAAACUUCGUACCUUAGACAACAUGAGCGAACUCAUAAUGGAGAGAAACCAUAUGAGUGUCAUCUCUGUGGGAAGGCAUUCACUCACUGUUCUCACCUUAGAAAACACGAGAGAACUCACACUGGAGAGAAACCCUACGAAUGUCAUCUAUGUGGGAAAGCUUUCACUGAAUCUUCUGUCCUUAGACGACAUGAGAGAACCCACACUGGAGAGAAACCGUAUGAAUGUCACCUCUGUUGGAAAGCCUUUACUGAUUCUUCUGUCCUUAAAAGACAUGAGAGAACUCACACUGGAGAAAAACCAUACGAAUGUCACCUAUGUGGGAAAGCUUUCAAUCACUCUUCUGUCCUUAGACGACACGAGAGAACUCACACCGGUGAGAAACCGUACAAAUGCAGUGUAUGUGGGAAAGCCUUCAAUAGAAGCUAUAACUUUAGAUUGCAUAAGAGAAUCCACACUGGAGAGAAACCAUAUAAAUGUUAUGUAUGUGGGAAAGCCUUCAGUAAAUAUUUUAACCUUAAACAACAUGAGAAAAUACAUGUAAAAAUAAUCAGUGUAGAUGAUUCACCACCUAUAGCUUCAAACUAUAAACACUCUUGAGGGCUCAAACACUCAAGAAACACUAGGUUUAUAAUCGGUGUGGGAGAGCAUUUUUCCAUCCUUAUUACUUCACUCAACUGAAGGUAAUCCCAAGUGGAGAGAAUGUGCAUGUGGGUCACACCUGUGUGACCAAACCUUCACAUAAUGGACUGACAUGGAAGAAUAUAAAUGGAGUAUGGAAGAAUCUUCACCCACAGUUCUGUCGAACAAAAUGGAGAAGUGGCAUGUCAGAGAAAACAGGUCUGUAAUUAAUGCAGAAAUACUUUGCUUUAUCCUUUAAAUAAGCAAAUUGUGCAGCAGAGUCUCUAGACCUGUAAUCACCAUGCACUCAUUCAUUCAGCAACACAUCUGGCAUGCAGAAGUCUGCUAAAACAAAUAAGGGGGGAAAAAAACAUUCCUAGGAAGACAGGAGAAUUUUGUUGCCAAAGGGCUGUGUUCAAUGAUAAAGAUUGAGGACAUUUGGAGUAUCCUGUGUGCAGAAAGCCUAAAUUACCUGACCUAACAGUAAUGUCUGUAGUGACAAAGCACUCCCUCUACUAAUGGCAAACACCAGUUUGGCACAGCUGAAAGCAGCAGCAGAAGAGAUAAGCCGGCCUUGCCUGUAUCCCUGUCAUAGCAGCCACAAAUGCACAAGUCACCCAACUGAGGAGACCUCUGCAUCCCAGGUCCCCCCCACAGGCAAAUGCAGAAAGCCGGGAGACACCAGGUAACAGGCCAAGUCACUGAUCCUACUCGCUUGAACGUGCUUAGGCAUCCUUGUUCACACAUGGCAAAAAGGAGAAUACAGGUGCUUAUAAUUAAUUUAUACCGUUAUGAGUGAGGAUGCAAUGCCCUUUUCAGUCCCUGCUUCAACUCUCUCCUUAGGUUUGAAGAAAUUAUUGGUGUGUUUAUUGAUGUUUCCUCACCCUAAUUUGCUUUCUAUGUUUAAAGUCUUAAGGUGACAUGUUAACAUCACCAACAGAACAGUGCUUCCCAAACCUAGAACUAUUGAGUUUCUCCAUCUUCUUGUGUUUCUUAUAACUUCUGUUUUGUGUAGUAAUAUUACACAUUUUCCUCCUAACUCCAAAGAUACAUGAGAAUUUGUUCCAUCACCUUUCCUGCUGCUUUGCAAAGAUGUUUUUGUAUUUUUUAACUUUGCACAUUGUCUUAAAAAGAGGAGGAGAUUUACGUUGAUGUGGUUUUACCCAGACGAGUUUAUUAUUCUCUUCAAGUGAGGAAACAUCACUUCUUCCAUCCAGGAGCUGAAAUAUGCUCAGGAUAGGCAGGAGUUUUGAUUUCACUCAAGACAUUAAU